GGUAAAAGAGACUCACAAACGGUAUAAAAAACGUCUUUGUUAAUCGAUAAAUAUAAUUGAUAAAAAGCGAAAUAUCGUUUUAGUUUAUUAUCCUACUCUUGGACAUAAUAUUAGAAAACAAUACAACGCUGAAGACGUCCAAUAGAAACCUUAUUACAAGACUUGAUCAUUUUGAUGUUUUGGAUUAUCUGGGCCAUACUCUUCCUCGUAUAUUGGAAGGCAUUCCACUAAUUCUUUGUCAAUUAUUUAUUAUUGGCAAAUUUUUGAUCGUGCUGUUUAAAGAGAGAAAGAAUUUUGGUAACCGACUUUUAAAAACUGGAAUAUCUAAAGUUAAAGAACGGCACUCUAAGGAAAUGGAUAAUUUACUUGCAACAAAAAGCGCCAUUGAUGGUCUUGAAGAAAACCCAAACGACGUUAUUCUAAACCUCACCAACCAAAGUCUUUCCCCCGAGCAGAUUGAAGUUUUGAAACUUGGUCUCCGACAUGGCUUUUUUACACGACCUAAUGAACUUGAAAUGCUGUCAGUUGCAGAAGAUAUUUGGGAUCAGAUUGCCACACUGAACCAAUUCAAAGAUGGAAACUAUGUUGGAGAUAAGUUAAAAAACUCACUACGCUCCUUUACGUAUAAUUACUUAGAUUUAGAUUUAGAGCAAUUCCAUAUUGAUAGUAAACGUAUUUGUAUACUCAAGGAACUCAAUAGUGAUUACGCCAUUCUGAAGCCUGACAAAGGCAAUGGAGUUGUCUUGUUAAACCACUCUGAUUAUGUCAACUCUCUUAAUUCUCUGUUCGAAAAUCCCUCUAAAUUUAAGCGUAUUCCAAGCGACCUUACUUCUAAUAGACUCUCCACUCUACAGUCCUAUCUAUGCACACUUCUAAAACGGGGUGAGAUCAAUGAAACCGAACAUACUUUCUUACGACCUAAGCACGCGCACUUUGCCAGAGUACAUGGAUCACCUGAAACGCACAAACAAUUUGACACAUUACCUAAGUUACGACCAAUAAUUGACACCACAAACACACCACACUACAACGUAGGCAAAUUCAUUGCAAACCUUUUGAAUCCACUCACCCUAAAUAAAUUUUCAUUACAAGACUCUUUCGAUGCUGCUGAUGCUAUUAAAUCUAUACCUCAAGAUCUAUUUUCCCAAGGUUAUAAGUUUGUCUCUUUUAAUGUUGAAUCUCUUUUCACCAACGUGCCUUUGCGUAAAACCAUCAACAUUGUACUAGAUCGCAUUUACAAACAAAAUAUUAUUAAUACCACACUCCGAGAAUCAACACUCAAAAAACUCAUUAUUGAUUCAUGCACCAAAACUAUAUUUUCUUGCAACGGUAUUCUUUAUGAACAACUUGAUGGCGUUUCCAUGGGGUCUUCUCUCGGUCCCGUCUUAGCUAAUAUAGUUCUCACUGAAUUUGAAAACAUCAUUGUCACUGAUUUGAUCAACUCAGGUGUCCUUAAGUUUUACCGACGUUAUGUUGAUGAUACUCUUGUUCUUAUGCGACAUUCUGACAUUUCUGAUGUUCGUGCCAAAUUUAAUAGUUUUGAUCAAAAUCUUGAAUUUACUUAUGAUGAUUCUUCUGACUCACAUGUCCACUUUCUAGACCUCAAAAUAACCAAUAAUGAUAUUGAUAUUUUUCGUGAAACAACUCAUACUGGCCAAUAUACACAUUUUUCAAGUUUUGAACCUUUGAACACCAAACUCAAAACCAAAAUCAUAGCUAGAACUAACCCCCCUAAACAAAAUACUGAGAAUGACCUUCGUAAAGUUUUCAUUACAAUACCAUAUCUAGGCAUACAGGGUGAACGUUUGGUUGACAAUCUUCUUUGUGAAAUUCGCCGUAGCUUAAAAAUUCCCAUCGAACUCAUAGUUGAAUAUCAAACAAAAAAGACAUCAACUUUCUAUCCCAAAAAGGACAAAAUUCCUGAACUCUCUAAAGCCAAUGUUGUAUAUGAAUUUAAAUGUCCAGGUUGUGGUCAUACAUACAUAGGCAAAACUGAACGAAUCCUACACACAAGACUAACCGAACAUGCCACUAAUUACAAUAAUCCUAGUGCUAUCUCAAAACAUUUACUCAUUUGUCCAGAGGCCAACUACAUCUCACAGCUUUUCUCACUUCCUGACGUUGACUCUGACCACGAUCUCACACGCGUGCCACUUAAAUCUUGUAAUUUGAUUCCAAGUAACACCAAAAUCUUAUAUCACUGUAAUAAUGAUAAUCCUAAUCAACUUCUCAUCUUAGAAUCGCUUUUGAUAAAACGCAAUAUGCCACAACUUAACAGUGGUCUCAAAGGUUGUAAGAAAUUAUCUCUAUUUUAAAUGUAAAUAUACUGACUGAUUGUUUAGUCUUAUAGUUCUCUAAUUACAUAACUGUCAUUUUCGCUUGUAAAUAAUUAUAUAAAAGUUUCGCA